AGGGGGCGGGGCCCGUGCCGGAGGGAGGGGUCCUCCCUUUUUCUCCUCUGGUCACGUGUGGCAGGAAGUGGCGCCUGCAGCGGAGUUCUGGAGAUGGGGACCUCCCUGGACAUUAAGAUUAAGAGAGCGAACAAGGUUUACCAUGCCGGGGAAAUGCUGUCGGGUGUGGUGGUCGUCUGCGGGAAGGACUCGGUCCAGCACCAGGGCGUCUCUCUGACCGUGGAAGGCACCGUGAACCUGCAGCUCAGCGCCAAGAGCGUGGGGGUGUUCGAAGCGUUCUACAAUUCGGUGAAGCCCAUCCAGAUCAUCAACAGCACCAUCGAAAUGGUGAAGCCGGGGAAGUUCCCGGGCGGCAAGACGGAGAUUCCGUUUGAGUUUCCCCUGCACGGGAAGGGCAGCAAAGUCCUGUACGAGACGUACCACGGCGUGUUCGUCAACAUCCAGUACACACUGCGCUGUGACAUGAGGCGGUCUCUGCUGGCCAAGGACCUGACGAAGACCUGCGAGUUCAUCGUCCACUCUGCUCCCCAGAAGGGGAGACUGACCCCGAGCCCCGUGGACUUCACCAUCACACCCGAGACCCUGCAGAACGUCAAAGAGAGGGCCUCGCUCCCCAAGUUCCUCGUCAGGGGACGCCUGGACUCGACCAGCUGCGUCAUCACGCAGCCGCUGACGGGCGAGCUGGUGGUGGAGAGCUCGGAGGCCGCCGUCCGGAGCAUAGAGCUGCAGCUGGUCCGCGUGGAGACCUGCGGGUGUGCGGAAGGCUACGCCCGCGACGCCACCGAGAUUCAGAACAUUCAGAUCGCCGACGGGGACGUGUGUCGGGGCCUCUCCAUCCCCAUAUACAUGGUCUUCCCCCGGCUGUUCACCUGCCCCACGCUGGAGACCACCAACUUCAAAGUGGAAUUUGAGGUGAACAUCGUGGUGCUGCUGCAGGGCGACCACCUCAUCACGGAGAACUUCCCGCUGCGGCUCUGCAGGGUGUAGCCCCCCCGUGGGGCCCGCGGGGGCCAGGCCCAGCACACAGCGCCUUCCUCGGCGGCCCUGCCCCAGACCUGGGCCUGGCCCCCACGUCCCAGUCACCCUCUUCCUCGUUUCCUCGAGGCGUCUGCUCCCGGCGGGCGCCUCCAGUCAGCCUCUUUGAGUUCACUGGGGUUCCUGGUGGGGUUGGCGGGGUCACUCGGGAAGCAGGACUUCGUAGGCCGCCCGACCUCACUGCUGCUGCUGGGUGGGCGGAGGGCAGUGAGGCCCUGGGCCCGCAGGGCGCCCCCGAGCCUGGCCGACGGAUGGGGCUGGGGCUGCGACCGCAGAGCCAUGGCAGGGCAGCCACCAAGCUCUGUGGGUCUCCAGCACUGUUCGUGGUGACCGUGAAGCCCCUAGAGAACUGGAAGACAGUCUUCCUGCUGCCAUAGGACUGAGGGGCUUUGGUGACAGUGGCUGAAGUGUUUCUGAAGUCCCAGGACCUGGUGUGAAAUCGUGUGCCACUGGGUUCCCAGAAUGCCCUUCGGGGCCAGGUUAUGUGGGGGCAUGUGUCCGAACCCAGGGCUGGUGGGUUCUGAGCAGCAGGGGGCUCGCUUCUGGGGCGGUAGGUGAAGGCCUGUCUGCACUGGCUGGGGCCAGAAGUGUCCUGGACUCAGUGAACUUGGCCUCCCUCCGACCCUGUCUGUGUCCCAGUCAGGGGGCUGGGCCUGAAGCCACUUCCUCCUGAGCCCCGCUCUGUGGCCCACAGUGCACGGUGAGCCUGUCACGGUCUCUUUCCUCCUUCUCAUCCCUUCCCCCCACCGGCCCACCACUGACCAGCCCUCAGAAGUAAACCCUGCGCUCGGCCUGGCCUUCCCUGCCAGCACCCCCCCCACCCGGGGCAGGCUCGGGGGGACGGCCACCGUCCCCGGACAGCACGUGUGGUGCUGAGUGCAGACCACUCCGACCCAGGCACGGCUCUGUUGCAGGGCCUCACCGGGGGGAGCCAAAUGGGAAUGCUGAGAAGUGCCUUCAGGUGCGUGUUGCUGCGUCGGCUCUUCAGUGUGCCCAGGUUGCAGACGUCAGCUGGAUGAGGACUCCUUAGGGGGCAGUUGUUGCCUGCGGAGGAGCCGCAGCCCGGCCACCUUCCGCACUUCCCUCAGCCCUGAGGGGCCCCAGGCAGGGUGUGGGGUUCGGCGUUCCCCCCUCCCCCGUGGCUGGGCACCUCCACCGGAGGCUGUUAAGGGAAACGCAGGUGUCCAGCUGCCCCAGCUGGGGCCGGGUCUGUCCACUCCGGGAGGCUGAGGUUGUCAGAUUCUCCCAUCUGAGGAAGGGGAGGUGAAGGAAAGAGUCCGAACUAUGAAUUACUGUUUUGGAAAUGUCCCUUUAGGCAGGAACACAGUUUGGCAUCAGAGUUCCAGCAGAAAUGGGGCCUGGGUCCAGCACUCAGCCGUGUUGCAGAUUGUCAAGAAGGCCGAGAGGUCAAUCAGAAAUAAAAUGUUGAAAGAGCCAA